UGGUAGCAGAUGAGGAAGGACGCUUAGAAGAGGUCAAGAGGUGAAACACAACCAUGCAAGAAAACAGCACUAUAUCAUCUCAUCAGGAGAGUGAAUAGGGCACUUGUCAAAAGAGUGUACCUUAAAAGUUUUCUAACUGGUUUAUUUUUGUUUUUGUUUUGUAGGUGUCACUAUGACCCCUCUGGUAAAGUGAGUAUGAAUGAGAAUUAUCCCUGACGCUUGCUGUACAUGAACUUGAGUUCCUGAUUUCACACCAUUACAUUAAUAUAUUGCUCCAAACAGAGCAUUUUGUGUAGAAAACAAGGACAGAAAGGAGAGAAGAUGUGGGACAAAACAUUCCUUGCACUUGUGACCGUCACAGUGGUCUGCGGCACAGUGAGUGCAGUGAAACAACUGAACAUGGCCCCGAAUGCUGUGGACGACCUCUACCAGGGAUGCAGGGAACAGGCAAUGGAGGAAUUAAUCCACUCAGACGUGCUGGGACAAGAGCUGAGCGGCAGUGAGGGCUUCCAGACAGCAUGGAACGACAAGUGUCCCGCGCUUCUCCCGGGAGGUGUAAAGGAACAUACCGCGGCUCUUUUGGCCUACGCUAGUGGAAAUGCAUUCUUAAAGGCCUUCAACAACGCAGUGGAGACCAUGGGAGUAAACGUCAGCACCUACAAGCGAGACUUCCACUUUAAGUCCCUGCACUUCCUGCUUAUGGACAUCAUGAAGCUGGUAAAGCCAGCAACGUGUAAAAAUGUCUACCGGGUGUCAAGCGCUAAUUACAUAGCGGAGAAGGGCUCAAAAGUGAGAUUCGGUAGAUUCACCACAGCUCACUCGGACCUAUCAGUGAAGGAGGACGUGGAGGGGGGCGUGUAUUUCAACAUCACCACAUGCUUCUUCGUCAGCCUGGAGGGCUUUUGCGGCUUACUGGAGGACAUUGCCAUCUUGUCCCCCACAGAGGAGUUCACAGUGGUAGAUGUCAAACAAGUGGACGACUACAAGGAGAUCAUUCUGAAACAUUCCAAACUGGAGGCUUUGCACAACUGUUACAGUUUCCCACAGGCUACUACUGCCCCAGUUGGUGGAAGGGCCUCAGCUGGCAGCAGCGCCCCCCAAUGGCUGGUGUUGGUACUUAUGACUUGGCUGCAUUUUUCUUGAAACUGCUGAGACGCAACAACGAUUAGCAUCCUCACUUGGUAUCAAUACAGCUCCUAUAAUUUACAGUAUACAUCCAUGUGUGUCACGUCUUGCAAAUUAUAGUCAAAUCAAUCAAUUUUGUGUAUCGUAAUGAAUUGUUGUAUGACUACAUACAGUAACAUGGGAUUCUCCCUUUUUCUCCCUUUAAUGUGUAUGAUAAAUCUGGAUGUGCAUUCAUAAAUUCAACAACUGUAAAUGAAGCUGUGAUGCAGAAUAAAGUGUUGAUCAGAAACUGAGAUGUUUUUAAUAGGCCUUUACAACAGCUAAGCCUAAAUAGAAGCAUUAUUA